AUGCAUAUCACACAUUUUUCACUCCAAGCUUUGGCAUCCAUUGCUGUCUUUGCAAGACAUGCUGCCGCCUCGACAAAUUUUUCGAACUCAUCGACCGAGAGGCUUAGUCCCAUCGUUGUAGACUUGGUACCAGCGCCCGGUACAACACCAGAUUUCAAAUACGAUUUCCACGUGAUCUUCAAAGACGGAAAAUGCUCUGACAGCCAGCAGGCGGCAGUCCUGGCAACGAUGAAAAACAUCGCAGCAUUGUCCGAUCGAGUCCAGCUCUGGCAGGGUGACGGAUUUCACGACUGGACUGGCGAAGUGACUCAAUGGUUCGGAAGAAGUGCACCAACCCAAGCUGCGUGGAUCAAAAAUAACUUCCUCAGAGUGAGUACGGCGAUCAAACAUUACAAAUCUGCAUGGAUCCCAACCUAUGUGUUCGUUGGGUGCGAUGCGUUUGACAAAACCAGCAUUACGUGCAUGUCAACCGAUAUCCUCAAUAUCUUCAACGACUAUGGCUACUUCCGUCGUUGGGACACGAUCUACUGGAAUUUCUGUCCGGACUUCUGGUCUCUGCCUGCCGCUCCCGCAAAAAUUCAGAGCACACUCGACGACCCAAAAAAAAACAUACACUACAUGGAGAACUACUUGGGUACGCGUGAGCAGUGGCUCUUUCCGGGUAUCAUCUCGAUCCGUUCCAUAGGCAUCAAAAAAAGUAACGUUGGCGUCCAUCAGACCUAUCACAACUUCUGA